AAUACGCCGGCUUUCUGUAAACAACGCAUUUUUCGGUGUUCGUAUCCACGGUGGCGAUCAACUGUGCUUUUUUUAUAAUUUGUUUUCUACCGUCUUCGUCGAACACAACUGUAAAACGUGGAUAAAGAGUGACAAAAAAAAAACGUUAAACGAAAAUAUCAUAAAUUACACGGCACCUCGUUGGAUGUUCGAGAGCAUAAAAUGAAAGCGUGGUUCGAAUACACGGAAUAAGCUAGAGAUUUGAUUGCGUUUUAUACGACAUCGCUCCACAUGUGUUACGCACAUUGAUUUGAAAAAGUCCGUAUUAGCGCAAUAACAAAAUUGAUAAUAUUCUUUUCGUUUGAAACUGGUUUCGUGUUAUACAAGCGUUUAGAAAAGGAAAACAUCAAAGCCAGCGAACAGCAACAGAAAAAAAAACAAACCAAACGUAAACAAUAUUACCUCUCAAUCCGUUGUUACAGUUAUUCAAUCCAUAAAAAAAAACAGUGACUGGAAAUUUCGUUGCGAUAUUAAGUGUACAUAUGCUUCAGAGUGCAACCGUGCUCAAUCUUUGAGAAAACCGCACAUAAAACUGGUUGCAUUCAAAGCAUUGGCAUUAUAUGCAUUCAUCGGAAUACUGCGGAUCGAGCGAAAGUGAUAUUAUUACAUUCAUUGUCAGACUGUGACUGCACUCGCUGCAACAAAGUGCCAACGUAAUCGUUUAAUAAGACUAUCAAAAACAAAUCUGGAAGUGAUAAAAGGGAAUUCGCACCGAGCGGAAACCGAAUUGCGCUAUUUUCUUAGUGGAUGAAAAAUUCAAAAAUCCAUAUUUCAAGUAGAUAAUGUUUUAAAAUGUGCAUGAAGAGUUGUCUUGGGAUUUUGACUAUAACAACAAUCACUCUACUGUCUUCUGUGACCAUUGCAGAUGCAGCAGAAAAAAUUGAAACAACAACCGACGCAAACGUGUUCAAAACGAAAUCAUGCUUCGAGAAACCGUUGCGUUGCCCACAUCCGAAAAUUGAGUUUUAUUUGUAUACGCGCCGCACACAGAAGAAACCAGAAAAAUUGGAUGUCUUAGAUCCAGAAGCAUUUUAUUAUACGCAUUUUAAUCGUGCCCAUCCAACGAAGAUUAUCAUUCAUGGAUUCGGUGGUGGACGAAAUUUUUCGCCAAGUCCUGAUUUGCGAGAGGCAUACUUCAGGCAUGGCGAUUAUAAUAUCGUCAUUGUCGAUUAUAGUCGAGCCGUUAAAGAGCCAUGCCUAAGCCAAAUGGAAUGGGCACCACGUUUCGGAGCACUUUGUAUUGCCCAAUUGAUUAAAUACAUCUCGAAUCAUCCGCGUGGUGUACCACCCGAUAACAUGCAUCUUAUCGGAUACAGCGUUGGUGCUCACAUUGCUGGGCUCAUAGCAAAUCAUAUCAAACCUACUGAGGGCAAACUAGGCCGCAUCACCGGCCUAGAUCCAACCAUCUUUUUCUAUUCAUCAACAAACAGUUCAAGAGAUUUAGAUAAAAGCGAUGCACACUUCGUCGACGUACUUCAUACCGGUGCUGGUAUAUUGGGCCAAUGGUCACCCAGUGGACAUGCCGACUUCUACGUUAAUGGUGGAACCAGUCAACCUGGGUGUGCAAGUACGACGCUUUUCAAAACACUUGCGUGUGAUCACACAAAAGUCACGCCAUAUUUCAUCGAGUCGAUAAAUAGCGAUAAAGGCUUUUGGGCGGGACCUUGUCGAAAUCUGUUAACCUAUGUUCUCGGCUGGUGUCAUCCAAAAGACGAAGAAUAUGUCUUGAUGGGAGAACACUGUUCACCGAAAGCUCGAGGGGUUUACUAUGUAACAACCAACCCAGAUCCGCCGUUUGCUCGUGGCUAUCCUGGUACCGAGGAAAGAUCGACUGACGAUAAAAAAUAUUCCGGAUUGAGAAAAUAAGCCACAAUCAAAAAACAUUGAACAUAAUUCGUUGUACAAGAAAAGGAAAGCUCUUUUUUUAUCAAAUGAGAAAAAAAAAGUUACGUAACAUGUGAUAUGACCUAUUUUUGCCUUUCAUAUAAAUAAAGAAAUACCAUAGAAUA